AUGUCAGUCAUAAUAAAUAAUUCACAACCUUAUAUAAAGCUUUCAAAGAAACUAGUAACAAUCAAGUUGAUGAAAAUUUUAUCAUUUACCAAUUAUUCUAAUUGGGAUUUAGGAGCAAUUUCACCAGGAAACUUACCCAAACCAUUGACACCAGAACAUCAAAAUCUGGGAGAUUUAAUUAUUUCAAUACCAUAUGUAAUCAAUUGGUGUAAAAGAAAUAAUAAAUAUUAUACUACUUGUCAUUCAUUUAAGAAAACUAAAAGAUGUCUUAAUAUUGAAAAGAGAUUGAUAGAGUUAUAUGUACAUGGUGUACUACAUUUGCUUGGUUAUGAUCAUGAAAGUGAUGAUGAUUAUUUAAUGAUGAAUAUGAAAGAAAAAGAAAUGUUGAAACAAUUUUGGAAAUGGAAAAAAGAUUUAAGAAACAGAAAAUAA